AUAGGGAGGAGAAGGAACAGGAUGUGGGGAGCAAAGUACUUCUUGGGGUCUUCCAGCCCUGGCUUGUCUGAUGAAAUCUUGCAGGGGGGCCUGUUUUGUGGGGAGAAGGUUACUGCUGGGAAGGGACUCCAAGAAGGACACUAUGGAGAUAUUCGUCUCUAGCUAUCCAGAGAUAUCAGGAUGGAGGUCCUGAGAGAGAAAGUAGAGGAGGAGGAGGCGGCUGAGCGUGAGGAAGCAGCUGAACGGGCAGAACGGGCUGAAAAGAUGGAGAGGAUGAUGAAGCCCGCCGAAGUGAGCAAAGAGGAAACCAUCAUGACAGAGGAUGAGCUUCGAGACCUGGAUAAGAGGCUCAUGGCCAUCGAGCCCCCCAUUCCAGCUGAGUACCCGAUCAUAAACAAGGCCCUCAUUGACGUGACCAAGCUGCCUCCUUCCUACACCACCAACUCGCCCAAGGAGGAGCACCUGCUGCUGGUGGCCGACAACUUCUCCCGACAGUACAGCCACCUGUGCCCGGACCGCGUGCCUCUCUUCUUGCACCCGCUAAAUGAGUGCAAUGUGCUUAAGUUCGUGAGCACCACCCUGAGGCCCACACUGAUGCCCUACCCGGAACUCUACAACUGGGACACCUGCUCCCAGUUUGUGUCUGACUUCCUUACCAUGGUCCCUCUGCUUGAUCCGCUCAAGCCGCCCACACACCUGUACUCCUCGACCACUGUGCUCAAGUACCAGAAGGGGAACUGCUUCGACUUCAGCAACCUGCUCUGCUCCAUGCUCAUUGGCUCUGGCUAUGACGCCUACUGCGUCAAUGGCUAUGGCUCCCUGGAUCUGUGUCUCAUGGACCUGACAAGAGAAGUGUGUCCGCUCACCGUAAAGGCCAAAGAGGCAGUCAAGAUGGCAGAGAAGACGAUUCCUAAGAAGUACGCCAUCAAGCCGCCCCGCGACCUGACCAGCAGGUUUGAGCUGGAGCAGGAGGAAAAGAGAUUGCAGGAAAUCAAGGACCUGGAAGAGAAGCGGCUCAGGGAGGAGGAAGAGCGCCUCCUGGAGGAAGAGAAGUCGAAGCCCGACCCCCUGCAUGGCCUGCGGGUGCAUGCCUGGGUCCUGGUGCUGGCCGGGAAACGCGAGGUGCCUGAGAGCUUCUUCAUCGACCCACUGACAGCACGCAGCUACAGCACCAAGGAUGAGCACUUCCUGGGCAUCGAGAGCCUCUGGAACCACAAGAACUACUGGAUCAACAUGCAGGACUGUUGGAACUGCUGCAAGGACUUGGUCUUUGACCUGGGAGACCCAGUGAGAUGGGAGUAUAUGCUCUUGGGGACCGAUAAGCCUCACCUGUCCAUGGCUGACGAGGAUGACGAAGGGCUGGAUGAUGAUGAUGAUAUAGACGACCUGGCCAAAGAGGAGGAGGAGAAGAGCUUCGACAUGCCGCCUUCAUGGGUCGCCCAGAUUGAGAUCACUCCGGAAGAGUUUGAGACCCGUUGCCCCAGUGGAAAGAAGGUGAUACAGUACAAGAAGGCACAGCUCGAGAAGUGGGCCCCGUACCUCAACAGCAACGGCCUGGUAUGCCGCCUCACCACCUACGAAGACCUGCAGUGUACAAAGGUUCUGGAGAUCAAGGAAUGGUACCAGAACCGUGAGGACAUGCUGGAGCUGAAGCACAUAAACAAGACCACAGGCCUGCAGGUGGACUACUUCAAGCCAGGCCAUCCCCAAGCUCUGCGUGUGCACUCAUACAAGUCUAUGCUGCCUGAGAUGGACCGCGUCAUGGAGUUCUAUGAAAAGAUCCGUGUGGAUGGCCUGAUAAAGCGGGAGGAGACACCCCUGACAAUGACAGAGUGCUAUCAGGGGCGCUCAGACUUCCUCUCCUAUCGCCACAUCAAUUUUGGACCCAGAGUCAAGAAGCUCACCCAGAACAGCGCAGAGUCCAACCCGAGGCCCAUGGUGAAAAUCACAGAGCGGUUCUUCCGCAACCCAGCGAAGCCUGCAGAUGAGGAUGUGGCAGAGCGUGUGUUUCUGAUCCUGGAGGAGCGCAUUCAGCUUCGCUACCACUGCCGUGAUGACUACAUCACCUCAUCCAAGCGUGAGUUCCUGCGGCGCACGGAGGUCGACAGCAAAGGCAACAAGAUCAUCAUGACACCGGACAUGUGCAUCAGCUUCGAGGUGGAGCCAAUGGAGCACACCAAGAAACUUCUCUACCAGUAUGAGACCAUGAUUCACCUGAAGAAUGAAGAAAAGCUGUCCCGACAUCAGGCCUGGGAGUCAGAGCUGGAGGUAAGGUCCUCCCAGAAGGUGGAUGUGGCAGGGAGGGGGAAGGGUCUUAGAUGUGCAUAUCCUCCAUUACGUGCGAUCAAGGUGCUGGAGAUCCUGAAGCUUAGGGAAGAGGAGGAGGAGGCACACACGCUGACCGUCUCCAUCUAUGACACCAAGCGCAACGAGAAGAGCAAAGAGUAUCGGGAGGCCAUGGAGCGUGUCCUGCAUGAGGAGCACCUGCGGCAAGUGGAGGCCCAGCUGGACUACCUGGCCCCAUUCCUGGCACAGCUCCCUCCGGGCGAGAAGCUAACACGCUGGCAGGCUGUGCGCCUCAAGGACGAGUGUCUCAGUGACUUCAAGCAGCGCCUCAUCGACAAGGCUAACCUCAUCCAGGCGCGCUUUGAGAAGGAGACUCAGGAACUGCAGAAGAAGCAGCAGUGGUACCAGGAGAACCAGGUGACCCUGACGUCUGAGGACGAAGACCUAUACCUGAGCUACUGUUCUCAGGCCAUGUUCCGUAUCCGCAUCUUGGAACAGCGACUCAAUCGGCACAAAGAGCUGGCUCCGCUGAAGUACCUGGCGCUGGAGGAAAAGCUCUACAAGGACCCACGCUUGGUAGACUUCGUGAAAGGCUUUGUUUGAUGCCCCUCACGGGACCAUGGCAGAAGCUGCGGGAGAAUGGAGUCCCUCCCUUCUCCCCAGCCACCGUAAUCCCCUACCAGCCUCACUGCCACACCACCUCCCUGUCCCUCAUAGUCUCCCUCAAAUAAACACACUUCCUAUUUACCACUUAUA